CGAGUGCAAAACUGAAACAGAAUCAAAACUAUUGAAUAAUUAUUAAAUUAAUUAAUAUCGUCUGGAAAAAACUUAUUAUAAUACCUAUAACAUAUCAUUGCUUUCAUUUAACAAAUACAGAUACAUCUCACCAAGAACAUUGUAUACUUAAUACUAUAUAAACAGACCUUGAAUAGUUCGCAACGUUUUGUUGUCGAGAGCUGAAUAAAUAUGAAGCCCACUGUGUAUGAAGGUACGAUGGCCUCAGCGAUCCUUGUGACAGGCGGUGCUGGAUACGUGGGCUCACACACAGUAGCCUCCAUUUUGGAAAGAGAGACAGCCCCUGAUUUUGAAAUAGUAGUCGUAGAUAACUUAACAAACGCGUACAGAGCAGAAGGCCAUAAGAAACCAGAAGCGAUAAGGAUAAUCGAAGAGUUAACCAAUAAGAAGAUCAGUUUCUACGAGUUAGAUCUUAGUGAUAAACAGGGAUUAAGUAAGAUUUUUGAAAAGCACAGUAUAGAAUGUGUGAUCCACUUCGCGGCGCUGAAGGCGGUGGGCGAGUCGGUGCAGAAACCACUGGAGUACUACCAGGCUAACAUUACGGGGACAUGCACACUACUAGAGGUAAUGCGCAGUUACGGCGUAUUUAAGCUAGUCUACAGUUCGUCUUGCACGGUGUACGGGGAGCCGGAGCGCCUGCCCAUAGACGAGGGACACGAGACAGGCCGCGGGCUCACCAGUCCGUACGGCAAGUCCAAGUACUUCUGCGAGGAGAUCAUGAAGGAUCUCUGUACUAGUGAUCAGAGAUGGAAGAUAAUAUCGUUGCGUUAUUUCAACCCUGUGGGCGCACACCGUAGCGGUCGCAUCGGAGAGGAUCCCGCCGGUAUACCCAACAACCUCAUGCCUUUUAUAGCACAGGUAGCAGUAGGUCGUCUCCCGGAGCUGAUGGUAUUCGGUAACGACUACCCGACAGUGGACGGCACCGGAGUCCGCGACUACAUACACGUGGAGGACCUGGCCGACGGACACGUGAAGGCGGUGCGACUGUUCCAGCAGCCAGGGUUCAGCGGGUUCCAUGCUGUCAAUCUAGGCACAGGCACUGGCUACUCAGUCCUACAAAUGAUAGCAGCAUUCAAGUCCGCGAGCGGGCGCGACAUACCCUACCGCAUCGUAGGACGGAGGGCGGGCGAUAUAGCGGCCAACUACGCAGACGUGUCACUCUCACACCGCCUCCUCGCCUGGAGGGCCACGAGGACUCUGGAGGACAUGUGCGCGGAUACUUGGAGGUGGCAAAGCAAUAACCCUCAGGGGUUUAAGAGUAGUUAGAAGGAAGAAGAGAGGAACUGGCUUUGGUAUGUUAUCAUGCGAAUUUGUAUUUGUAUUUCCGAACCGAUACGACCUUCACCCUUUAAGAAAAGAGCGUAUUUCUUUUUAAAAUGCUGGC